GCCUCCCGUUCGAUGUGUUGUUCCCUACUCAACAUUGUCGUGUGAACGUUAACCGGUCCAGCAGCGCUGUCUUUGAUGGCGACGACAACUACCACAACUCUUGCACAAGCAGUGACUCUACAAUGAGCAAACGCGAUUCUUCGGCUUUGACCGACACCUCUGCCGGGAGCGGAGACGAGUCCGCUGGGGGGCGAGGCGACUCGCGCGGCGACUCGAAACAAGAAAACACGUCGAACGGCACAGGGGACAGGAAACGCGACGCAGACGAGGGCAUCGGACGCGUCCAGCUCGCGUGCUUCUACUGCCGUGCCAAACGGAUCCGUUGCAGUGGCGAGAAGCCCGUGUGUUCGGCGUGUAGCAAGACGAGCGCGAAGUGCGAGUGGCCUGCGGGGCGGAGAAGAAAACGCACGCGUCGCGAGAUGGAGGAGGCGCGCCGGCAAGAGGAAGCAGCACAGACGGCCAUCUCGCUCGGCGGCCUCGGUGGCAUCGCUCCAUCACGGCUUUCACUGGCGGCCUCUGGCUCGUCGUCCGGCGUCUCGUCGACAAUCCCAUCAGUCCCGUCUAUCCCACUACCGUCGCCAGGAAUUGGGCGCGACACGAUCGACCCGUGGGCUAUCACUUCGGCAGCUGCGAACUUUACGUGGCCCGCAAACUUUCUCCCAGAGGUGCCUGCGCAGGACGUUUUCUCCUUCGACGUGCUCGGCGCGCCUGCACCAAACGUGCUGAGCGCGGCUGUACAGUCUGGAUCGUCGGGCCUGAGCAGCAACAACAAGGUUGCGCCAACAAAGCUGGAUCCCACGCUCGCCGGCUUCCUCGACGACAACUCGCCGGGCACCGACCUCCGGCUGCUCCAGGCGCUCGAGAACCAGCAGGCGUACGUCUCAGGGGACCCAAACGCCGGCGAUGACCUCGAGCUGUGGUACUACCGCUUUUCUGGAUCUACGGCUAUUCACCCAGGCAUCAACCGCAUCUCGCUCAAGCUGCAAAAGAAGGGCUCUGGGCACACGCCAACGGCUGCGACCGAAGACCCAGCGUCGCCGCAGACGUCUAUGGGCCCUCCGCCCGCACCGGCGGAUCUGUGGGAUGCCAACGGACUGCCGCACCGCCACGUCUGGGACCCAAUAUUUGACAAAUUCACAGAGAACAUUGCGUGCCACUUCCCAAGUGUGAGCCGCAAGCGCAUGACGCAGCGAUACGACUCGGGUACACAGAGCGCGUUCCUCGCCAACUGUAUCCUCGCUGUGGGCGCGCGCUUCACCAAGACGGACCAACCCGUGGCAGCCGCCGCGCCGUUCGUGGCCAAGGCCCAGGAGCUUGUCGCGCCUUUGCUGCACCUCCCAGCGUACGACGUCGUGACAGGCCUGCUGCUCCUCGCAUGGGCAUGUUACGGCCAGGGCUCCGAGUCCGGGCUGUGGCAGUACAGCGGCAUGGCGAUCCGUAUGGCCAUCGACUUGGGCAUGCACGAGAACAGCGAGAUCUUUGAGUCUCCCGCCCACCUCGUUCGCAUCCGCCUGCUGUUCUGGAACCUGUUCGUGACGGACCGCGUCGUGGCCUUCGCGACAGGCCGCCCAGCAAGCAUCCCAGAAGACAUGAUCGAGAUCCCGCUACCCGAGAACGCCGAUUUCUUCCCCGAUCGCGCACGCGACGACAAGCCGCUCGACGAGCCCGUCCAGCCCGUGCCGUACGUCUACCUCGUGCGGCUAAUGGUGCUGUGUGGACGGAUAAGCAACGUGCUGAACGGGCGGCGGGGCCAUGCGCGCACGCUUGUGGCGUCUGACGAGCCGCUCGCCGAGAGACUCGCUGAGCUGCAGGCCCGCCUGGUCAGCUUCUACGCCGCGCUUCCAGACGCAAUGAAAUGGAGCGCCGACAACUUCAAGCACCAGCACUCGCGCGGCAACGGCGGCACGUUCUUGUCGCUCCAUCUCUGGGCGAACGCUGUCCUCGCGCUCGUGUACCACCCCGACCUGCUCAAGUCACCUUCUGGUGUGGAGACGCCUCUUGGCCGCAGCAUGCCACGCAACGUGCGUCUUGCCAUUGCAAGCAGUCGCCAGAUCUGCGAGUGCAUGGUGUUCGCCGACCUCGUCAGCCACACAUCGUACAUUGCGUCGCCGGUGGUCGUGCAGCCGCUGUACGUGGCCGCCAUGGCGCUCAUUCACGAGAUGCGUGCCGCGCAGGCGAGCGAGGCGGAGGGGAAUGCCAGCGAGCUGUUCCUUGUGUCGAUGACACGCCAGAACUUUACGACGCUGCUCAAGGCGAUCCUGAGCAUCGAAACCAACUGGGCCGGUGCGAGCUACGUCGGGUCGCUACUUCAGAAGCGCUCUGGUAUCUCGUUGCGCAACGCAGCAGCGUCCAAGCGGACCUUCAUUUCGCUCCCCGACCAGGGUAUGCUUCGGCGCUUCACGAGCGACCCGAAUCACCCGCACGACAUUGCGCCGGCCACCGAGACGUCUAUGCGGAACUCUGCGGCACGGCAGAGCAUCAAAGGAGAAGAGGGUGUGGAUGUGGUGGACGGAAGUGGCUCGCUCUGGCUAUCCGACCUGCUGAGCGGAUACUCGGUCGGAGUGUACAACGAAACUCCGGCAGACAGCUUUGACUUUGCGCGCCUGAUGGCGCUGAGCGGGGGUGUGGGCGGUGUCUUGGGCACCGAGGUCGGCGGCUUAGGCACCGACCCGGUGUCGCCGGUGGCGGAGUAGCGAGCCACGGGUGAGGGGAUGGGAGUGCCACGAGCCGGAUGUUAGUGUAUAGUCCCGACUGUAUUGUACCAGUGUGUGUAUGCUAUGAUGCCGUGUGCGCCGUAC